AAGCAGGAAUUAUAGCAGCAGAUGUGUGGAAGCAUCAAAAUAUCGGCUAUUUCUUCGAAGACACCGAUAUAAGCGACGUAGCUAGUAACGGCUCUGGCAUACCUGUCUACUCCUGCUUACAGCAGGUUCAUAAUCGCACAAGGACCACCGCUUCGCAGUGACGGAGAUAGUGCGAAGUUUCGUUGACGGUGCUUAAUGGUGCGCACAGUUGUGGGCAGAGAACACGACAAAGAACAACAAUUGCAGUAGUGGCAGGACGACGAGUAAAUUUCUUGAUGCUUCGAAUCUCAUCGUCCAGAUAGGAACGUUAUAGCACAAAGUAUAUAACGGUUUUGUUAAAAGCGAGUCUCCAAAACGUAAAUACGUGAGUGCUCCUGUGGCAGCCCUGAACGAGGAUAGUAUGUCUCGAUUUAACCUUCUCAUUAGAGUCGAUGUUCGGUUUGCCCUCAUUAUCGUUCUGCUAGCAAGCGGGACUCAGGGAGACGAAGCUGAAGACGAAAAAACAGAUGGACUAUCAGCUAGAAAUAAUGCAAGCGUUACGGUUCGCUCUACAUACGCUUGUCCAAACGACAGCGAGGCCAUUAUGGCUAAACCCUGCCUAGUCGGAUGCAAACGCGGCGAACAUAUAGACAAUUUUCCGUAUGACCAGCGUUCCCGAUUCGACGGAUGUAAUACUUGCUCGACACACGUGUAUCGCUAUCCGGACGGAUCUACAUGUGAAGGCCUAGAAAUGUGCACAUCAAAGGCUUGUCUACCAAUCACAUCAAUACUACCAGGACCGCAGAAGGCACACAUCCAAGAGGACGAAUAAUCAACAUUAUUUAGCCGUGUAUUGAUGAACGUAUGAAAGUAUGCGUGGUAGAGGAGCUGAAAUUAUCGCUUCUCCGACAUCCGAAAUCAGGCUUACGCUGUAAAGAGCCCAAUAUAGUGAAACUAAAAUAUCAUUUUUCUCAAAAAUAAACACUAUUAUUACCCCAUAAAAAAAAAGCCCUAUUUCUAGUUACGCCAUAUAGAAUAUAUUUGCCGUUUGUCAGCUUUCAACGAUUUUUCGAUAUAUACAGACCAUAGUGAUCAACACGAUCUUCCAGAAAAAAAUCCCGUAAUGAAACCUGCCAUAGGCGUACCCGACUGACGUUGAAGAAAGGUCGGCCAAUCAAUACUACUAUUACCGACCCCAUGUAAAAGCAUAGAUUCUUUUCAAAUGUGCACUGUAGUUUAAAACAACAUUGAGUAUACAACGUCGAUGACAUCAGUAAAAGCUUCAUACGAUUUACGAACGAAUUCACAUAGCCGUUCCCGUAACAAACCUGAGGUUUAAAAAAAAUCCUGAAAGCCACUCAGUUAUUAGAGUUUCGAGGGAAAAUAGAGAUCCGGUACAAUGGACUGUUGUAACUUAUAUAAAAUACAAUACAUUUGCAAAAAUCAACUCAUCUUCAAUUAAUACACGUGGUGUACCCAUUUCACUUUCACGUUUGUAGCUUAUAUUCAAUCGUCCUUCAAAAUUAACAAAUCGAGAAGCGCGAUAACGAUAGAGUAAGCUGAAACCUGAAAGCUGAGGAUACAAACCUGCGCAUGAAAUAAGGUGUAAAGGUGCUCUUUCCAAAGUUGGGGAUGAGCAAAAAACGUGUAACGAGGUAUAAAAACGCAAACGAAGGCAUAACCUGAAACCCACUAGAGAUACAGGCGCAAAUGAUGCAGGGUAUGUGAACUUGCUUAUGGAAAAUAACCUGGGAUAUCAGGGCGCCCGAGAGCUAACGAGGGAGAAAUAGGUAUUUCCCAACAGAAGAAAAAAUGCUACCAAUGCCAAUCGGAGGAACACUUUUACGCGAUACGUAGCUAUGAGGCCAAAAAUGCGCAUCCCAUGGCUUUCGUAGCAGUCUUUGAAGAGUUUCUAAAACCGGAAGCUAUAAGGCACUCGUAGGCGAGGGUCGGCCAAGGUAGAAUAUUUUAUUUAAGAACAAAUUUCGUUCCUAUAUGUGCUUUUAUCUCAACUAUAAGGUAAAAAUAUAUAAUACCAAGAGACAAAGCCCGUAAGACCUUUAAAAUGGUGCUAUAUAUUUGUAUAUACGCAAAUAAGGAGUAGUCACCUAAUGCUAGUUAGUUUUGCUCAAGUACAAUAUAUUCAUCCCUACAGGUAACGUCAUUUAUGCCCUAUGUGACAUACUAAGUAAUACACCUAACGUAUGAAAUAAAUACACCUCAUAGAAUUGCA